AUGGCGCGAGCUGAGUAGCGGCUCGGAGGAAGCUCUCUGGGAGCUGUGGCCGGCCGAGCCGCUUCCGCGCCCUCCCGCGACCCCGCUGCGACCGCGCUGGCACGGAGGGCGGCUGGUGACGCGAAGGCGGCACGUGUCCCAUACCCGUCUGCGGCCGCGUGAGGAUACCGGGCCUGGCUCGCCCGCUGGCCGGCAUCGCCCGCGGCUGCCACCUGUGGAGAGCGCGGCUGCCCCGCGGGUCCGCGGGCCCGCGGAGGGGGCCCGGCGACAUGUGUCCCGCGCUGCAGGACCCGCCUCAACCCGGUAUGAAGAAAACACUUCGGGAUGAGAUUGAAGCCAUUCUGAGGAAGAGGAUUAUGGUGCUCGAUGGCGGAAUGGGGACCAUGAUCCAGCGGUACAAGCUAAGUGAAGAAAAGUUCCAAGGUCAAGAAUUUAAAGACCAUGCCAAACCACUGAAAGGCAACAAUGACAUUUUAAGUAUAACUCAACCUGAUAUCAUUUACCAAAUCCAUAAGGAAUACUUGCUGGCUGGAGCAGAUAUCAUCGAAACAAAUACUUUUAGCAGCACUAGUAUUGCCCAGGCUGACUAUGGCCUUGAACACUUGGCCUACCGGAUGAACAAGUGCUCUGCAGGUGUGGCCAGAAAAGCUGCUGAAGAGAUAACUCUACAGACAGGAAUCAAGAGGUUUGUGGCAGGAGCUCUGGGUCCAACUAAUAAGACACUCUCUGUGUCUCCAUCUGUGGAAAGACCAGAUUUUAGGAACAUCACAUUUGAUGAGCUUGUUGAAGCAUACCAAGAGCAGGCCAGAGGACUUCUGGAUGGUGGGGUUGAUAUCUUACUCAUUGAAACUAUUUUCGAUACUGCUAAUGCCAAGGCAGCCUUGUUUGCACUCCAGAAACUUUUUGAAGAGAAUUAUGCUCCCCGGCCUAUCUUUAUUUCAGGGACAAUUGUUGAUAAAAGUGGGCGGACUCUUUCUGGACAGACCGGAGAGGCAUUUGUCAUCAGUGUGACUCAUGUAGACCCACUCUGCAUUGGAUUAAAUUGUGCUCUGGGUGCAGCUGAAAUGAGACCUUUUAUUGAAACGAUUGGAAAAUGUACGACAGCGUAUGUUCUCUGUUAUCCCAAUGCAGGUCUUCCCAACACUUUUGGUGACUAUGAUGAAACACCUUCUAUGAUGGCCAUGCACCUCAAGGACUUUGCAGUGGAUGGCUUGGUCAAUAUUGUUGGCGGAUGCUGUGGUUCAACACCAGAUCAUAUCAGGGAAAUUGCUGAAGCUGUGAAAAAUUGCAAGCCUAGAGUUCCACCUGCCACUGUUUUUGAAGGACAUAUGUUACUAUCUGGUCUAGAGCCCUUCAGGAUUGGACCAUACACCAACUUUGUUAACAUUGGAGAGCGCUGUAACGUGGCAGGAUCCAGGAAGUUUGCUAAACUCAUCAUGGCAGGAAACUAUGAAGAAGCCCUGAGUAUUGCCAAAUUGCAAGUGGAAAUGGGAGCCCAGGUGCUGGAUAUCAACAUGGAUGAUGGCAUGCUAGAUGGUCCGAGUGCAAUGACUAGAUUUUGCAACUUGAUCGCUUCUGAGCCCGACAUUGCCAAGGUGCCCUUGUGCAUUGACUCUUCCAAUUUUGCUGUGAUUGAAGCUGGGUUAAAGUGCUGCCAGGGGAAGUGCAUCGUCAACAGCAUUAGUCUGAAGGAGGGAGAGGAGGACUUCUUGGAGAAGGCCAGGAAGAUUAAGAAGUUUGGAGCUGCUGUGGUGAUUAUGGCUUUCGAUGAAGAAGGACAGGCGACAGAAACAGAUGUCAAAAUCAGUAUAUGCACUCGAGCCUACCAUUUACUUGUGAGAAAACUGGGCUUUAAUCCAAAUGACAUCAUCUUUGACCCCAACAUCCUUACCAUUGGUACUGGAAUGGAAGAACACAACUUGUAUGCUGUGAAUUUUAUCCAUGCAACUAGAGUCAUUAAAGAAACUUUACCAGGAGUCAGAAUAAGUGGAGGUCUUUCCAACUUGUCCUUCUCCUUCCGAGGAAUGGACGCCAUCCGAGAAGCAAUGCAUGGGGUUUUCCUUUACCACGCAAUCAAGUUUGGUAUGGAUAUGGGGAUAGUGAAUGCAGGAAACCUCCCAGUAUAUGAUGAUAUCCACAAGGAACUUCUUCAGCUCUGUGAAGAUCUCAUCUGGAAUAAAGACCCUGAAGCCACUGAGAAGCUCUUACAUUUUGCCCAGACUCAUGGCAAAGGAGGGAAGAAGGUCAUUCAGACCGAUGAGUGGAGGAACAGUCCCAUUGAAGAACGGCUUGAGUAUGCUCUUGUGAAGGGCAUUGAAAAAUAUAUUAUCCAGGAUACUGAGGAAGCCAGGUUAAACCAGGAAAAAUAUCCCCGACCUCUGAAUAUUAUCGAAGGACCCCUGAUGAAUGGCAUGAAAGUUGUUGGUGAUCUUUUUGGAGCUGGAAAAAUGUUUCUACCUCAGGUUAUAAAGUCAGCUCGGGUCAUGAAGAAGGCUGUUGGCCACCUUAUCCCCUUUAUGGAAAAAGAAAGAGAAGAAAACAGAGUGCUUAAUUGUACAGUAGAAGAAGAGGACCCUUAUCAAGGCACCAUUGUGCUAGCCACUGUGAAAGGUGAUGUGCAUGACAUAGGCAAGAACAUAGUUGGAGUGGUCCUUGGCUGCAAUAAUUUCAGAGUGAUUGAUUUAGGAGUCAUGACUCCCUGCGAUAAGAUACUGAAAGCUGCUCUUGACCACAAAGCAGACAUAAUUGGCCUGUCAGGACUCAUCACUCCUUCCCUAGAUGAAAUGAUUUUUGUUGCCAAGGAAAUGGAGAGGUUAGCUAUAAAGAUUCCAUUAUUGAUUGGAGGAGCAACCACUUCUAGAACCCACACAGCAGUUAAAAUAGCUCCAAGAUACAGCGCACCUGUGAUCCACGUCCUGGAUGCAUCCAAGAGUGUGGUGGUGUGUUCUCAACUGUUAGAUGAAAAUCUAAAAGAUGAAUUCUUCGAAGAAAUCAUGGAAGAAUAUGAAGAUAUUAGACAGGACCAUUAUGAGAAUCUCAAGGAGAGGAAAUACUUACCCUUAAGUCAAGCCAGAAAAAAUGGUUUCCAUAUUGACUGGUUGAUGGAACCUCACCCAGUGAAGCCCAUGUUUAUCGGGACCCGGGUCUUUGAAGACUAUGACCUGCAGAAGCUGGUGGACUACAUUGACUGGAAGCCUUUCUUUGAUGUCUGGCAGCUCCGUGGCAAGUACCCGAAUCGAGGCUUUCCCAAGAUAUUUAACGACAAAACAGUAGGUGAAGAGGCCAGAAAGGUAUAUGAUGAUGCCCAGAGUAUGCUGAACGCACUGAUUGGUCAAAGAAAGCUCCAGGCCAGGGGUGUGGUUGGGUUCUGGCCAGCGCAGAGUGUCCAGGACGACAUCCAUCUGUAUGCAGAGGGUGUGGUGCCUCAGGCUGCGGAGCCCAUAGCCACCUUUCAUGGGUUGAGGCAACAGGCUGAGAAGGACUCUGCCAGCACAGACUCGUACCAGUGCCUCUCGGACUUCAUCGCUCCUCUGCAUUCUGGGAUCCGGGACUAUCUGGGCCUGUUUGCUGUUGCAUGUUUUGGGGUGGAAGAGCUGAGCAAGGCCUAUGAGGACCAGGGCGAUGACUACAGCAGCAUCAUGGUCAAGGCUCUGGGGGAUCGGCUGGCAGAGGCCUUUGCAGAGGAGCUGCAUGAGAGGGUUCGCAGAGAAUUCUGGGCCUACUGCAGCAGUGAGCAGCUAAGCGUCCCAGAUCUGCGCAGGCUCCGGUAUGAGGGGAUCCGGCCAGCUCCCGGCUACCCCAGCCAGCCUGACCACACUGAGAAACUCACCAUGUGGAGACUGGCCGACAUCGAGCAGUGCACAGGCAUCAGGUUGACAGAGUCUUUGGCAAUGGCACCCGCCUCUUCGGUGUCGGGCCUCUACUUCUCCAAUCUGCAGUCCAGAUAUUUUGCUGUGGGGAAAAUUUCCAAGGAUCAGGUUGAAGAUUAUGCUGUGAGGAAGAACAUGACUGUGGCUGACGUGGAGAAAUGGCUUGGACCCAUCUUGGGAUAUGAUACAGACUAACUUUUCCUCCUGCCCGCCCUCCUCCUCUUAACCUUCUGUAUGCUUGCUGACCCCAAAGAAAGAUAAUCCAAAGUGCCUUAAAAACAACAACAAAGGCCUGAAUGCAUCUGGUCAGCACGGCCCUGCUUCUAGCUUUAGAAACUAUCCUGGAGACGCUAUGGAGGAAUGGGGCUUCCGGGGAUUUCUGGAAGACAUCACUGUUUUUAGGUACCUUGAAUGAGUAGCAGUGAGGUUCCAUGGCUCUCAUGGUGUCCCUAGUACCUGGGGACUGGACAAGCUGGAGACAGGUCUUUUGCAUUUCAAAGCAAGUCAGCCUGCUUCUUCUCCAUUUUACCUUGGAUCUAGGAGAGAACUUAAUUCUCCUAGAAAAGAAGCCUGCAACCUGGUUGGAAUAGAGAAAUAGAGAAAUGUAACCUUGGAGCAGAGUGCCACUGUGAGAAAUGGGGUGUUUUAAUCUAAAUGGUCCCAACAACAGACUCUGACAGGAAAGGGAGUAUCUCUGCUCUCUUGGAAAGACCUCAUUUUCUAAGGCUCAGCUAAAUGGCUGCAGAACUCCUUUUGGCAAAGGCAUCUCACUGCUCGCCUGUCAGAAAUAUUGAGCUGUUUGCCCUGGUGUGGCUGAGUGCAGUCAUGCUCUCCAAGCUUUUUUGUGCUCCCACAAUUUCCUAAUCUCUUCCCUGAGGGGGGAUAAAAGGAAAUGGAGAAGGAGUGGCAGUUAAGGGUGGUUCAUGUCUUUUAGUUGUCUUCAGAAUUGAGCAGAUUCUUAGCUCAGCUGCAGUGACCUUUGCAGAGUUGGACUGUGGACAGUCUGAUGUCAUUCAAUUCUUCUUUUUCUAUACUGAUCCAACUCGAAAAUCAUACAGUUUAGAAAUAGCCUAUUGACUUGUUCUGGGUCAUUUUAGGGGAAAUGGUAAGAGCAUGGACUUCAAAGUCAGAUAUACGUGGACUCAAAUUUCAGCUUUGGCUACUUAAUUGCUGUGUGAUAUAAGUAAAUUACUUAGGCUUUCCAAUACUGCUUUCUCAUCUGUAAAGUGAGAAUAAAGAGUGGUUUUUGUCUCAUUGACAUGAGAUGAAGACUAAAGGAGAUGACACAUGUGGGACAGUUCACAUGACAUCUGGCACACAGCAAGUUCUUAAUAAAUGGUAACUUCUGUGGAGUUCUGUAGGUAGCCCCCAGACUCAUCAUGUAGCAGGUGCUCCUGGAAAGAGAACAAGAGGUUAACAGAAGGCAAAAGAAUGGGGAAAUGUGCAUGGUAAUGACUGGACUGAACCUGCUAGAUCAGGGGUUCAGACCUCAUUUGACUGGGAAAGAGAAUCUGCCUCCUAUGUUAUAUGCUCCACUGGGACUCACUCAUUGUGAGCCAAACAUCCUCCCUUAUCUCACUGAAUAUCAGCAGGCCAUGCCCCUAAAGCAGUGGUAUGUUCAGGUUUGUUGGAGGUGAAAGGGGGAAAAUAAAAAGACUUGGGUAAUAAUUCUGCAUAGCAUCCAUAGCAUGUAUGUGUUUAUUGCAGAGCAACAUACAUUUCCAGCAUCGCUUACCCCUGAAGUGAAGGUGAUUGUGUACUUUCUUUAGGUACGCUUAACUUGUUUCAGAUUGAGAAUAGCACUUGGUGUCCUGAGCCACCUAGUUGGAGGACUCACUUCCUGUUCCAUAGCAGGUAUAUUAUUUAGGCUCUGGGACAUUCUUCUGUGGGAAAAAGAAACCUCCUUCAAAUAUCUUAAUGUAUUUUAUCUGAAUAGUUACUAAGAGUCUCCUGAUUGUUAAAUACUUGCCAUAUCUUCUCUCAGCUGGUUUGAGAUAGAGUGGCUUUCUUGAAUGUGAUAUCAGUUUAAUCCCAUGAAAAAUCUGUUUCUAAAGACAAAAAUUUUGUAAGUUCAAGUACCUACUGUGAUCAUUAAGAAUAUAAAAUACAACCUGAAGGCACCCUCCUGGGUUUAUCUCAGGUGCCAGAGAAGCAGGACUUUAAAGGCAGGGAGUUUAGUGAUAUUCUAGACUCAGGUCUUCCCUGUGUGGCUUACUCAACCCACAACCUCUUCCAUUGUCAGCAUCUGGGACUGACGAGACCCACGCACUUAGCACCUCCACAUUCACCAAGGCUCCAUGUUAACUUUUCCCUCUAAAGAAUUGUCCCCAUUUUGCUGCUGGUUCUGCUGUUACUGAGGAGGCUGGUUUGCAGGAGGCUGGUGGUUGAGCUCAGGUCUUAAAUACUAUUUCUCCUUUGAGCCAUUCUGCUAGCCGCCACCCUUCAUACAGUGAACUCAUGGAGAACAGUCAGGCAUGCCGUCAGCAGACCUAGGGUGCCUCGCCCCUUCUAGUCAUCUUCUCCUCAUGUUCUCUGUGUAGUGCACACACAUACACAAACCCCUGCCCUGCGCUUUCUCAUUACUCCUGCCACUAGGGACCUCGUGAUUAUUAGUCCCAGAGGCCUUUCCAACAGGUUUUCUCUUCUUUGGUUUUAGACAGUAUUGACCAGUUUUUCAAAAAAUUUCUCUACACUGGUUCCCCCUUGACAUUCCUUCUCUGGUUAACCCUCUAUAUUUAUGAUAAUUUAUCAGCCCUUUUCAUAACUCUCUGCCCACUGAAACUCUCAUGUCCCCAGCAGUUGGUCAGCAGUGGCCUCUCAGGCAGUGCUAUCUGAGAGGGGAGGCUGUCCAGUUGAUAGCUGCAGUUCUCUCCAUCCAGACUUCCCUAUGCUGAUGGACAUGGUGAUGCUCAGCUCCUUCCCAAGGACAUACUUGGGUCUCACCCUGUGUCCCAAACCCUGUCUUUGAUGCCUCUCGUCUUAAUCCCAGCACAUUCACUGAUGGGGAGAGAUACUUCUGCCUAAGCCACAAGCCGGAGACUUACCCAUAAUCUUUUCUCAGAACUUUGCACUUAAAGAUGCACUUAUCCUACUUGAGUUGGAUGGUGGUAGAUUUAUUCAGGAACACAGUGAUUGAGUCCUGGUUUAGCAUUUGAAGAAUAAAGAGCUGGGCACAGUGUUGCACUCCUGUAAUCCCAGCAGCUCAGGAGGCUAAGGUAGGAGGAUCACAAGUUCAAAGCUAGUGAGACCCUGUCUUAAUAAAAAGAGACUAAGGAUGAUGUGGCUCAGUGGUUAAGUACCCCUGGGUCCAAUCCCUGGUACAAUAAAUAAAUAAAAAAGUAAGUAAGUAAGUAAAUAAAUAAAAAACAGCUUAAAGGCUAAAGAAGCAUCAAAAGAACAAAUAAGGGCUGGGGUUGUAGCUCAGUGGUGGAGCACUUUGUCUUGCAUGUGUGAGGUACUGGGUUUGAGCCUCAGCACCACAUUAAAAUAAAUAAAGAUAUUGUGUCCAUGUAUAACUAAAAAAUAUUUUAAAAAAGAACAAAUGAAGAACUGUUUGUUCACAGAGAAUGGGCAAUUAAAGACUAUAAAGAUACUAAAGCUUCCCAAACUGAGUGUAGAUUCAAUACUGUUUCCAAUAGAAAAUCAAACAAAGGUUAUGUUAAACAUAAGCAAAUAUUUAAACUUAUGUAGAAUAGCAAAGGGGUAAGAGGGCCAGAUGCUUCUGAAGAUGAAGAGGGUUAGGGGAUUUGUUUUACAGUACAUCAAGUUUUAUCAUAGAGUGUCAUGUGGUGCAGAGGUGACUUUCUGAGCAGUGGAAUGAGAGCCUAGAAACCAGUCCAUGGAUAUGUUGUGUUGGCCUUGGUGGCCCAGCAGGAAUGGUGUGGCCAACGAGUGAGGAUAGGAGGGCCAGCUUAAGAAGUACAGUGCUAGAGUGUGGCUGUCCAUCUGGGAAAGAAGGAGAGUUAGUGCUGCUUCCCCUCUUGCCCAACAGCCGAUUCCAGAUGUGCAAAGUGCAGUCAGCAGCAGUUUUAAACUUCACAUGAAAACCUCCAUAAGGCAGGAACAAAUCUCUUGAGGCACAGGCAGUAACCCUAAAAGAUGAUUAAAUCAAUUCAACCAAACCAAGGGCUAUAUUAAGCAAAUAAGUGAAGAAACAGACCAGAACUUGAGAAAGACGUAUUCACAAUACAAAUAACUGACAAAAGAUUAGUUAUAUAGUUUGUAUUUUGAAAAAAUAGAAGAAACUUAAAAAGGCAUUUCGCAUGGAGCUUAUAAAUGAAUAGGAAGAUGUCCCUAGCAUUACUGAUUCCCCAAGUAUGAAUUAAGACCACAGUCUUAAUUCCAUUGUAUAUCCUUAAGAUUUGCAAAAAUCGGGCCUGAUCAUAGGAGGGGUUAGAGAAGAUCUGUGAAACGCACACGUUGUGCAAGUCACCAUUCCUGUAGAAAACAGUUACACUUGCUGACGUGAAUGUUUGCAGAUCUUGUGAUCUAGCUUUUACCUCGCAGUCAUGUUCAACAAUGUCUUGCCCUUUAGUAUAUGCAGGAAUGUGCAAGAAUGUUCAUAGUAACGUGUAAUAGUUUGUAACUAAAAAAAGUGAAACAUCUGUAGAGGAUAGCAUAAAUUAUGUAUAUUUACUCUAAGUGAUACUAUCUGUAAUGAAAGUGAAUGAUCUGUAGUUAUACCUGGUAAUAAGAAUGAAUCUCAAAAUGUUAAUGGAAAAAACAAUUUCCAUGACACUACUUAUAGUAAGAUACAAUUAUCAUAGAGCUCAAAAAUAAGCAAAACCAAAGAAUAUAUUGUAUGAGCAUGCAUACAAAACUGUACUAUUAAAAAAGGUAACAGUGAUAAACCAAAAUUUAGCUCAGGAGGAUCAAUAAAUGGAGACUGUCUGUCUUCUGUGAUGUAAAUCCACAGAGUGACCUGCCAGGUAUGGGCAGCAGCUGAGCAAGGAACUUUUGAAUUUCUGUAGUUCCAUUUGUUCUUUUACCCAGAGAGCAACUCAGUAAAGAAAAGCAACAUUGCAUUUCAGUUAGAAACACUGGCAGGUUAAGGUCAAAUGAAUAACAUUCUAGUCCUUGGGUGGGAGGGCCUGGGUGUGUGCUACAUACAGUUUCGCUUUAUAACUGUCAGUUCUGUACAUCUGAAAUAUGCUAUAUUGAAAAGAUGCAGUAAGUAUAUUGUAAAAAAUAAAAGCAAAGUGAAACAAGA